AAAUAAAUGAGUGACAACAGACGAUGCAUCGUUUAAUACUGGGGGUUUUGGCUUUGGGUUCAGAAAAACCCUUCUUUCUUUCUUUCCUAGUUCCCUCUGCUGCAACAACUUCCUCAUACUUUCUCGCGAAUUGAAUGAAAUUUGGGGGUGAUGCGCUUCUGUCUUUCGGUUUAGGAUGAAAAUUUCACUGGUUCGGCCUCUCUUAACAAAGCGAGGAUUCAGCUCAAGCUCUGAGAACCUUGUUGCGUCUGUGCUCUUUGAGAGAUUGCCAGUGGUCAUUCCCAAAAUUGACCCUGUGGUUUAUGCAUUUCAGGAAUUCUCGUUUCGAUGGCGGCAACAAUAUCAACGCAGAUACCCUGAUGAGUUUCUUGACAAAUCUGAUGCAAGGGGAAAAGGUGAUUAUCAGAUUGACUAUGUACCAGCACCACGAAUCACUGAAGCUGAUAAAAGCAAUGAUCGAAGGUCAUUACAAAGAGCUCUUGACAGAAGACUCUACCUUCUUCUGUAUGGUAAUGCAUAUGGGGCUCCAAGUGGGAAGCCUAUGUGGCAUUUUCCAGAGAAAGUUUAUGAAUCGGAGGACACCAUGCGCAAGUGUGCAGAGUCUGCAUUAAAAUCAGUCUUAGGAGAUCUUUCUAAUACAUAUUUUGUUGGAAAUGCUCCGAUGGCCCAUAUGGUUGUUCAGCCUACGGAAGACCAGUCUGGAUCCACAUCCUUUAAGAGAUUCUUCUUCAAGUCACAAGUAAUUGCUAAAAACAAGUUCAAUAUUGGAAAAUGUGAGGAUUUUGUCUGGGUGACGAAGGAUGAAUUGAUGGAGUAUUUUCCCGAGCAAGCCGAGUUUUUAAAUAAGAUGUUCAUUAGCUGAUGACAAUGGAGAACAGUUGUUUCAUUGAAUUUUUUGCAAGGUAGUUCCUAUAACAACAGUGGAGGACCUUGAAAGAAGAUCAAGGCAAGAUACGAGUUUCUGGGCACAUUAGAAGAUUUUGAUUUAAAGUUAAAUGUGACAUCUCUAAUUUUGGAGACUUGUUAUGAGUUAAUGAUGCUGGAAUGUUUUCUGUUUAAAAACUUGUGUUUUUAUUAUUAUUAUUGUUUGUCAUUUGUCUUUUCUUUCAGUUGUACACUUGUACUGUAAUAAAUAAGUUUCUGAUGAAGAUCUUAUCAGUUUCUGUGGUGAUUGUGACAUUUUGAAUAUGGUUUCCAAUUUUGUUGA